AUGGCUGAAAACACUGAAGGAGAAGAUUUUACUGAUGCUGAUAUAUCCAAGAUGGGUUUUGAUAAAGAGAAAGGAGAAUUUUUCGGUCUUCCAGAAUCCUGGCUGCAGCUUUUGAAGAGCUCAAAUAUUUCAAAAGAGGAACAAAUGGAAGAUCCUGAAGGUGUCCUGAACAUGUUUAAAAACUACUUUGCAGCCGUCAAGCAAAGACCAUCUCUGACACAGUUUAUGCUGUUUGCUACAGAUGAGGCAGCUGACCCUAAUGCAGUGGACAGCACAGAUGGUGAUAAACAUUUAAUACGACGGGAGCCAAAAACAAAUUUAACUGACAGGGAAAUCAAUGAAACACUGAGGAAAAUGGCUAGUCCUGGUGAUGCAAAUGACAAAUACGAAAUUAAAGAAGUGCUUGGUGCAGGGGCAUCAGGCACAGUUCGUUUGGCUAAACUCAAAACUUCAAGCCAGUUGGUGGCCAUAAAAAUGAUGGAUUUGAAUCGGCAGCCACGCAAGGACCUCAUCAUUCAGGAAAUUGAGAUCAUGAAGCAGAACAGACAUGUCAACAUUGUCAACUUCCUGGAUUGCUAUUGUGUUAAAAAUGAAUUGUGGGUAGUUAUGGAGUAUCUAGAUGGUGGAAAUCUGGCAGACGUCGUAACGAGGUUUGUUCUGGAUGAAAGACAGAUCGCCACAGUUUGUCAUGAAUGUCUGGGAGCUCUUGCAUUUCUGCAUAGUAGAGGCAUUAUUCAUAGAGAUAUCAAGAGUGACAAUAUACUGGUGGCUUUGAAUGGAGCUGUCAAACUGACUGACUUUGGCUUCUGUGCCCAACUUAAUCGGGAGAAGAAUGCCAGGAACACAAUGAUAGGAACACUGUGCUGGAUGGCCCCUGAAGUAGUUGCCAGCCAAAAGUACAGCUAUAAAAUUGAUAUAUGGAGUCUUGGGAUCACAGUGAUUGAAAUGUUGGAAGGGAGACCACCAUAUUUGAAUGAAUUUCCUCUGAGAGUUAUUUAUCUGAUCAAAACAAAGGCCAGACCUCCUAUACAUGAUGAGCACAAACUGUCACCAGAACUCAGGGAUUUUCUCCACAAAUGCUUGGAGGCCAAAGUGGAGCAACGAGCCAGUGCCCGUCAGCUGUUGGACCAUCCACUUAUACGAAAGGCCUUACCACCAGCUAAGUCUCUGAGCCCUGUCAUACAGGCAGCUCAUGACGCUAGAAAAAAAUGA